AUGGGGCUGCUGCAAAAGCUGCUGGACUUGUUGGGAUUAGGGGGCAAGAAGGUCAACGUGCUGGUUGUCGGCCUCGACAACAGCGGCAAGACCACCACCAUAGAGCGGCUCAAGCCGCGCAGCAAGCAAAGUGUGGAGGUCGCCCCCACUGUGGGAUUCAACGUGGACGAGUUCCAACGGGGCGGCCUCAAGUUCACCGCGUUUGACAUGAGCGGCGCGGGGCGGUACCGCGUGCUGUGGGAGCAGUACUAUCAGGAGGCUCAGGCGGUGGUGUUUGUCAUUGACAGCGCCGACAAGCUGCGCCUGGUUGUCGCGAAGGAUGAGCUGGACAACAUGCUGGGGCACCCGCAGCUGGGGCGCGGCGUGCCGCUGCUGCUGCUGGCCAACAAGCGCGACCUGCCCACUGCGCUCAGCCCUGUGGAAAUCGCCCAGGCGCUGCGCUUGGAGGACAUCCGCCAGCGGCCGUGGCAGAUCGUCCCCAGCAACGCGCUCACUGGGGACGGCCUGGACCGCGGCAUCGAGUGGCUGGCGGGGAAGCUGCUGCAGCGAUGA